GCGUGUUUUGUUCGGCGCAUUUCACGGCCGACGCAUACGAGGACAAGGUAUGGCUUAAAAAGAGUAUGGGCAUGGACUACAAGCCACGACUGAAGCAAGACGUUGUGCCAACCAUUUUCUCGCACAAGAGGAGACAAGCUCAGCGCACACUGGGUGCAUUUGCGAAGAGAAGGCGGAUGGAGACUGUUUCAAAGCUUCUCUCUUCACCGGCUGGACCACCCACAAGCUGCUCUGUUGCUGUACAAAUACCAGCAGAGCCGCUGACUCAGGCCAUGAACUGCACCGGGUCAGUGGCUGUGGGGGCAGCGGAUGGCGAUUGUCCAGAUGCAAGUGCUCCCCUAGACUUCAGUGUUCCAUUUGUAAACAGCGACACCUCACAGUCGUCUAAGCAGGAUAAAAAUGUGCAGGUGUUGGUGAGGCCAGGGACAAAGUCUGCACACAUUCAAGGGUGCAGACAUUCUUUCCAUACACCAAUGCAGCUUGCCAGACAAAUCAAUGGAAGCCAAAAGAAGCUCAUCUAGAGGACAGCUGUGACGAGUUGGGCAAACCAGACGCAAGCAGGGAAGAUCCUAGAGCCAAGCAUGACAAGGACUACGUCCCCUCAGAGGAGUACCAAGAAAGGUGUGCAUAAUGAACACAAAUGGAAACCAUAUUGUGGUAACCCAAAUUGAGAGUAAGAGACAUGCAAUUGGAAGAGCUUGUAGGCAGGCAGUUGGAAGUACUAGCAGACCAGCCAAAUUAAUAUUUUGAUUGACAUCACUUCAUGACUUGUCAUAGUGAGAAGUGUGAUGACCCCGAGUGGAAAUGUCCAGGAGGACAUUGUCUCCUGGCUCGAGGGAAGAAGAAGAAGCAGGGACCAUGGAAUCCUGCGCUGCAACGAACUGACCAUACCCAACGUCAUUGCAGAGAGGUGGCACAACCAGAGCGUAACGAAGCAAACACAGUGAGUGAACCAUCGAAUGAAACAAUGUGUUAAAACAACAUACAACAGUGCACCUUAUUUUUCUUUGUGAAUGUGUUCCGACCCCGUGGACAUGAAGGGGGAGACCGCAACUCCGACGGGGGGCCAGCUGUGUUUAUACCUCUGGCAAGGAGGGGUGCUCAGACAGGAGAGGAGGACGAUCGUUUGCUGAGCGUCUGCUGCCGUGGGGCCUCGACCACCCCCGCGGGCUCUGGGCGUUGCCCGGGAGGGUGAAAGAAGACACUCAGCUUCCAGGCACCGAUGAAAGACGUUCGCGUCGGAAACCUUUCAAUGUACUCUUUGUCAUUGCUUUAACCUUAUCUAACCGUAAUAAAGUCUUUGUUUUAUUCAUACUUUAAAAACGGUGACUUCUUGGACCAUCAAGUCAACAAAUAAGAGUUUGUGUUUUGCUGAAGCAAAUCAUACUAAAUGACAAGCUCUCCCUCAUUGGAUUGAUUGACACGGGCAGCUCCGGCUGUUUACUUCGUGCGUCAGCGGCAGCUCGAUGUGGCACAGAACUCGUUCAGGAGUCAACACCCCUGUAUGGUUUUGGAAACAGCAGUGUGCCUGUGUCUAGGAGCAUUGGAGGAUGCAAAGCUGACAUAAAGAUUGAUGGUGUCAUCGCGAAGGACGUUCCAAUUCUUGUUGUCUCGGAUGAAGCCCAGGCAGUGGGCCUAUUGGUUGGACGAACAUUUACUGAACUGCCCUCCUUGACAUGUGCAAGAGUUGGAGGCUGUUUUCGAUUCUGGCACUUGAGUGACUGCCCGUUUGCGCACUUAGAACCGUUUGAGCACCACCAAAAACUACAACUGAAAGCAGGGGAGGAGGUCAUUCUCCAGAAA